AAUGUAUGUAUAUGUGUCUCGCACUAAUCAAUUUCUGGUGAGGUUGCGUUGCCUUAAUACAAGUAGUGUAGGCAGUAUAGACAAAUAUCGUUUCAAUUUUCGUGCUCUAGGAUUGAGCCAUGGGUCACAUGACUCGCACUUCUUGUACCAGGAUUUAGACACCUUGAAAUUGCAACUGAAAGUUGCAGAGCGAGCUUAUUAGUUGCACCAAUUGUUAUGGACAGCUACCCUGCAUAGACAGGACAUAUUCCGUGCGGUUAUAGACUCACAGUCUUGGAGGUUUGGAAUUACUACCGAAUUAUGUUUACUUACUUGGAAUGAGAGGGAAUGAUUAUGGGGUAAAUUUAUUCCUGCGUUUACUAACACAUAAAGGAAUUGGAAUGAUUCCAGGUAAAAGUAUUCUUGCGUUUACUAACACAAGAAAGAAUUGGAAUGAGUGUAGGUCACACCUCCUUAUCAGGAAUUGAUUCCUGAAUACUCAGGAAUUUGAUUACGAAGGGGGGAGAUGGGUUUAGGAAUCAACUCCUCCGGAAUCAAUACCGAUUCAUUUCUUCUCCCAUUCCAGUUAUCUCUGAUUCAUGAUUAUUUCCAUUCCAAGUAAAUAAACGUACCAUAAUGUAUCAAUACAUUAAUGAAUCUCAAUCUUACUCUAUGCGGUUGUAGAUUUGAAUUUUAGAGGUUUUAGAAUCAUUACCAAAAUUAAUGUAGUGAUACAUUAAUGAACUAUAGACGAAUCCGAUUGUCGUCUAUUUAGGAUUGAUGAAGUCAGAGGCUUCCAGCUCAAGAUAAUGCUUGCUCGUGCCUACUUCACCUUUAACGAGGACAGAAAAAUACGAGGAUGACGUUUCUCACUCAUCCAUUCCUCUUCUAUAUGGGCAUAUCUCCCUCCAACUGUUGUAGAGCUGGCCUCUGCUACAUUCUCAGUAUUCAUUUCACUCCACAGCUUCUCUCUCAACCUCAACCAAUUCACUAAGACCCGUAAUAGCUGUCGUAACCAAAUUGACCUUGUAUUUACAUAUUCGACUCUGCUUGCUGAGUGACCAAUAUGUCGUCAUCAAAUCCAGAAAGCAACAAAUACAUAGGUCUUCAUUAGUAAUCCUUUGUCCCAUGUUGGUGCUCAUGGUUAUGGCAUGGCCGUUACCCCACAAUGCAGCUCGGAAAUUUAUACCCGCUGUGAGCAAUUACUGCAUUCAUGAUGGGGCAAUAUAGUAACUCUACUAAAGUAAAACAGCUAUAUAAACCAGAGAGAAGUACUCAUUGUGGUUCAAGGCUUCAAGCUACCCACAACCCCUGUUGCAGACACACUUUUUGAGUUUUGACCAGCAGAGAGUAGUAGUGCUGCCACUACUAAAUGGCGUCACGUUUGCUUCUUGUCGUGGCGGUUUUGGUCUUCUGCAUAGCACAGGUUUCAGCUGAUGCCAAGGUGGAAGACCAUGAAACCAAGGCGGUGGUGAAAGGACCUAACAGAAGACUGUUACCAUAUCUGAACUGUGAAGGGCUAUGUAAGGCUCGUUGCAGCUUGCACUCGAGGCCAAAUAGGUGCAACAGGGCAUGUGGAACUUGCUGUGUAAGGUGCAAGUGUGUUCCUCCGGGCACCGCGGGCAAUAGAGAGGUCUGUGGAUCAUGCUAUACUGAUAUGACCACUCAUGGCAACCGCCUCAAGUGCCCUUAAAACCACUGGCUCUCCGUGUUUCAAAAUAUCCGGGAAAGAGAGGAGAAAUCAACAUGGGAAUCACAAAGUAAUUUAAACUUUUAAGUCGAAUGUUGUUGUUUUGUAUUCUUGUUUCGCUUCUCAUAUGUGGAUUUUUAGUUUCCUCAAAAUACCGUGCUAUUCGGGUUAAUGAACUACUUGUUAAUUAGAUUUUGCAAGUUGUUUGUUGUAUAUGUGGUAUCGACCAUCUCAACGACUUGAAGUUGAGGUGAACAAUAAGCCACAAACAGAAGACAAUUAAGCUAACUUCACCAGC